GAUGUAAUUAGGCCUAUUCUUAGGCCCAUAAUAGAGCAUGCAUAAGUUACUUGCUCAAUUUCACCAAAUCAACGCAGGAACUCAUCGCCAUGGGAGGAUCAAACAAGAACCUCAUAUUCGUGUACGGAACGUUAAAAAGAAACCAUCGAAACCAUUUCCUCCUAGAAGAUCUGAUCUCAACAAACGACGCCGUUUACAUAGGACAACGCACGACCCGGUUACAAUACCCGCUCGUUACAGGUCUCUAUGGGAUCCCUUACUUAAUCAACAAAUCCGGGUCGGGUCAAAAGAUCCGAGGCGAGCUUUAUUCGGUUUCAAAACGUGGGCUUGUACGUCUUGAUGAAUUGGAAGGUAUCAAAGUUAAUCACUACGAGAGAUUACCAAUAGAAGUUAUUGAGGAAGAUGAUGAAGAAGAAGAAUCAAACGGUGUCGUCUUGGCUGAGGCUUAUUUUGCUCACUUUGGAUUUGGUGAGAGAUUGUGGGAGAAGAAAGGUAAAUGUGGGAUGUGUGAAUUUGGUGAAAACGAUGGCGUUUUGUAUGUUCGUCCUAAAGAUAGGCCAAUGUUUAGCUCUGUUCUUGAUGAAAUUGAAACUUUUGUGUCUUCUAGUAAUGAUUGAUUACUAAUUUAAUUCAAUGGGUAUGUUCAAAAUUCCAUCUUUGAUGAUUAUGGCCUAUAAUCUUCUUGGUCAUGCUCAAGUUUAGUAGUCAUUUAGUGAACAUUUUGAAUUCAGUUGCAGAGUUAUAAGUUUUCAAUAAUGC